CUCCACACAUGCACAUUAGAGCCCGAUAGGAAAGACGAGCGCCUUGUGUCUCAACAACUGUUAGACUUUGUUCUAUUCCUCCGUGGCUGUAUGGCGUCGGUCCGUGGUCGCGCGGCGUGCAAUGGAUGCCGUACACGCAAGCAAAAGUGCGAUGAAGCUAGACCAGUCUGCACAAGAUGCCGUAUUCUCAACCGGCCUUGUAUCUGGCCAGCAUCACGAAAACGUGGCCCAGCCAAAGGAUAUACCGAAGCCCUGGAACACCGACUGCGAGAGACCGAGAACGCUCUAUUGCGUCUUUGGAUGGCUACAACUGAAGUUUCAGUUGAGCAGGCAUUCGAAGAAAGCGUCUCUUUGCCAGAAACAUGCUCCCGUUCGCCCAAUGAUGGCCGCCAAGUCUCUCCCCGUCCCGGAUCCGACAAGUCGUCCGCGGUCACGCAGUGGGAGAAUUAUCCCCUACGGUCUGCACAUGAUGUUGCCAGGUGGGCGAAAGAGGCUAAAGGGGCUACCAAAGCAUCCGAAACCCAAACGGCGAGAAGCGACGAGGUACUAUUGGACUGCCCACCACGGCAGCCAUGCCCGGCUGGGGACGCUCACGUUCUCCAAAACACGACGCUUGAUAGCGCAACUCCAUCAACGCCUCCGACACCGAUAACGACGUUUCCAAAUCUAGAUAAGGUAUUGACCUCCGAGACGCAGUCCACUCAAGAAGGCCAUGCGUCAACAAGUACACCCAUCAACCAUGCGUCGCGAUUUCGCACUCGCCACCGAGAAGCAGAUAACGCAUUACGCCCAAGCAGUCCAUCUCCAAGUUUAAAAGCCAAGAUUCAAUUAUCUCAAGAAUUCACAGACCAGUAUCUGUGGUAGAGGGCUCACAUCGUCUCCUUCCCCAGGCUGGUCUCUAGGCUGUGAUGGUACCGGCACCGCAAUGAUUGGGAUAAUUCAUUCACUAAAUUGUCAAGUCCUGGAUGAGAAAUCCAGAGUAUGUAUUAGGACAGGUCCAAAUUUUCGAGCGUCUACUGCAUGAAUAAAUUGUUGAAAUAUAAGACCCAACAGGCUCUUAGGUACUAACCC